AACCGAACUAUAUUAUUGUGAGUUUCGUUGAGUGUAACGGCUGAGUAUUAGGAAUUAGUGACCUUUGAGGAGACAUUUAAAAAGAUAAAAAUGCCACCAUUCUCAUCAAAUGUCCGUGAAGUCACGGAACAGCCGAAGAAAGACGACGAAGAGCAGUUCGAAAAGCUGGUUGCACCUCAAGCAGCACCGCGGAAAUACGAUGUCGUGUAUCGUAACCUGGUAACCUUUGGAUACGGACACCUCACAGCUCUGUACGGAAUAUACCUCGCUUGCACUGUCGCUACGUGGAGCACUCUUAUAUUUCAUUUCACGAUAUUCGUGAUAGCAUCUAUCGGUGUGACGGCUGGCGCGCAUCGGCUCUGGACGCACAGAGCGUAUAAGGCGAAGAUGCCCUUGCAGAUUCUUUUGAUGGUGAUGAACACGUUCGCAUUCCAAAACACAGUGAUCGAUUGGGUGCGCGACCAUCGGAUGCAUCAUAGGUAUAGCGACACGGACGCCGAUCCACACAAUGCAACGCGGGGUUUCUUUUAUUCUCACAUCGGUUGGCUUUUAGUGAGGAAGCACGCAGAGGUCAAGAGGCGCGGGAAGUUCGUGGACAUGUCUGAUAUUUACGCGAAUCCUGUGCUCCGGUUUCAGAGGAAAUACGCAAUACCCUUCAUAGGAUCAGUCUGCUUUCUGCUGCCAACGAUCAUCCCGAUGUACUUCUUCGGGGAAACAUUGGCGACCGCGUGGCACCUAGCGGUACUACGUUACGUGACCAACCUACACACAACGUUCUUAGUGAACAGCGCCGCACACUUAUGGGGCAACAAACCUUACGACAUCAACAUAAAACCUGUCCAAAACUUGGCCGUAUCAAUCGUUGCUUUCGGCGAGGGUUUCCAUAACUACCACCACGUGUUCCCGUGGGAUUACAAGACGGCCGAACUGGGCAACAACGCUUUGAACUUGACGACGUUGUUUAUCGAUUUCUUCGCGUGGCUGGGGUGGGCCUACGACCUCAAAAUGGCGUCUGAUGACAUGAUAAGAUCUAGGUCGAAAAGGACGGGCGACGGCAGCAACGCGUGGGGAUUUUAAACGAUAAGAAAUCUAUAGAUUAAUAAUUAAUUUAUCUAUUGCUUCACUUUCCCUCAACAUAUGCUAUUGACGAUAGCGUGUCUCAUUGCCUAGAUUUCAGUACUACUUGUCCAUACAAUGAAAUUGGAAACUUAAAAAUUACGCGAGAGGAUGUCUGUAAUAAAAUAAAAAGACUUGAUAUAGCCAAGGGACCUGGACCUGAUAAUAUUCCUGCAAUAUUUUUAUUUAAUAUUGCUAAGGCAAUAUGUUUGCCACUAUCAAUAAUUUAUAACAGAUCAUUCGAAACUGGACAAUUUCCUGAAGUUUGGAAAGAAACAUGCAUUGUUCUUAUAUAUAAAUAUAAUAAACAUGAGUUAGUUAAUAAUUAUCGCCCAAUUUCAAAAAUGUUUAUUAUGGCUAAAGUUUGCGAAUCC